AUGAACUCUUUGCGCUUUCAGGGUGCUGCCUGGGCUACGGCCGGCGGAAGUAUGUUUUCCUACCGAUUCGGCGGCCCAUCUCUUCUCGAAUAUGAAAUCAGAAGCGACGACGAAGUUUACUAUGCGACAGUAUACUUUACCCUUGCCCACGAGGCAUGGGACAGUGAAACUUUGAUGGAGUUUAUGGUCCAUCAAAUCCGCAAUGGGAACGCCGAUAUCUCGCUAAGACCCUUGCACGGCGUCUAUCCGUUGUGUAUCUCUAUACCCGUCUAUGGAUUCUAUGAUGCAGUGUGUCCCUUGGUAAUUGCAAGUGCACUUUCUGUCGCGGAGAGAUAUCUGACAGAGAUUCAACAGGGGUUUAUAGAAAUUGACAAAAAGCGUCUUUUCCGAAAGUGCUACGUUUGA